UGUAUUCUUCUAGGUUUACCUGGUUUAAUGCAAAGAACCGUUGCUCGUCAAGUCGAAUUAUCCUGUCCUGUUGGGGCUGGACGCUUUGGAGAGGUUUGGCUCGGGCACUGGAGGGGUGAAGCUGUUGCGGUUAAGCUUUUCAAUACACGUGAUGAGCAGUCGUGGCAGAGAGAGGUAGAAAUUUACGAAACAACUUGGCUCAGACAUCCGAAUAUUCUUGCAUAUAUUGCUUCAGAUUGCAGAGAUGUAGGGGUUGCACUUCAGCUGUGGCUCAUUACUGAAUAUCAUGAAUUUGGUUCUUUAUACGAUUAUCUGAUGGAAAAAUCCGUCACCCCUCCAGUUGUGGCGAAAAUGAUCAGGAGCAUUGCUAGUGGCCUCUCAUUUCUCCAUUUUGAAUUGGAGAAUAGCAGCCAUAGUCAAAAACCGGCUAUUGCGCAUCGCGAUAUAAAGUCCAGGAACAUAUUAGUAAAGUCGGAUAAGACUUGUGCGAUCACAGAUUUUGGUCUCGCAGUUAAAUUUGAAAAUGGAAAAGUUGAUCUUCCCAAUAAUUCGAAAUGCGGGACAACUCGCUACCUUUCACCAGAGUUACUUUUGGAUAGCUACGACCUGAAGAACUUUGAAUCUCAUAAGAUGUCUGAUGUGUACGCCAUGGGGCUCGUAAUGUGGGAACUCCUUCGCAGAUGUGAAAUAGAUGGUUUUUUAGAUCACAUUUCAAGCUAUGAAUUGCCUUAUUUUGACUGUUUGUCACGGGAGCCGACGCUAGAGGACAUGAAGCGAGUUUUGCUGGUCGAAAGACGUCGCCCAGUUCCUUGCCAGUAUUGGAAGAAAAAUUUCGUGAGUCUUGAAUGUUUUUCAAACAUUCUUGAAGUUCUCAUCUUGUUCAUAGUGUUUGCUUCAGCUUACUCUUUUAUUGUAUCAGUCAUGUUGUAA